CAAACCUCUACAUAUGAUUAUCUGUUUUACACUGAUAAGAAAUUAGAGUGUUGGCAAACGCUCCUAUUACGAUAGAAAUGUGUGAGAAAGUCCUUCUAAUUUUUGCCCUUGUGGUUUUUCCAGGAGUUGUAUGGUCACAGGGCUGUCCUAAUCAUUGGUUACACCAUGGGUUUUCUUGUUAUCUAUUCAUAAAAGAUGUUCCGGAGGACUUCAUCGAAGCUGGGUCAUUCUGUCAAAGGCGAGGUUCAAAGUUGGUGGAAAUUGAGUCGGUUGAUGAAAAUGCUUUCCUUCGUUCACACAUCGUAGGAACCCAUCCACAAGAGGGUUACUGGAUAGGGCUGUCGGACAUCGUCUCUGAGGGAGAAUGGGUUUGGACAUCCACUCAGGCCAAGGCGUCAUACAACGACUGGACACCAAACCAGCCGGACAAUUACCAAAGUCACCAAGACUGUGCCAUGUUCUUCGCAUCCGAUAAUUUCCAUUGGAAUGACCACUUCUGUACAGUCAAGGCAGGAUUUAUCUGCGAAAUGGAGGUAGGUGAACCAAUUGAUAUUGUGGGCUAGGACCGAAAAGCAACGAUUCAAAGAAUGAAACUGUUAGAAAUGAUUUAAUAAAAAGACAUUGAUUUCAAAAGUAGCAACUGCAAAAA